UAGAGAAGUAGCAGUCUUUCCAUUUCAUACACUAUAAAAAGGGUUUCUCUUCUUACUUACAUUACAUCCUUCCUUCAAUAGAAUCAUAUAUAACAAUCCUUCUCUUCUUUUCAUUCAGUGUCACCAAGAAUGGGAGAGCCUCUCAUUGUUGGGGGAGUAAUUGGGGAUGUUCUUGAUUCUUUCAAUCCUAGCAUUAAAAUGUCCGUCACUUUCAAUAACAAGCAAGUCUUUAAUGGACAUGAGUUUUACCCUUCAUCUGUUGCCACCAAACCUAGGGUUGAGAUUCAAGGUGGUGAUUUGAGAACUUUCUUCACUCUGGUCAUGACCGACCCUGAUGUCCCUGGACCUAGUGAUCCUUAUUUAAGGGAACACCUUCACUGGAUUGUGACAGACAUCCCAGGCACAACAGAUGCCACGUUUGGAAGGGAAGUUGUGAACUAUGAGAUCCCAAGGCCAGAUAUAGGAAUCCACAGGUUUGUUUUCGUUCUUUUCAAGCAGAAACGUCGACAGGUAAUCAGGUCACCUUCUUCGAGAGAUAACUUCAACACCCGAGAUUUCGCUGCUGAGAACGAUCUUGGCCUCCCUGUUGCCGCUGUUUAUUUCAAUGCACGAAGAGAAACUGCUGCAAGGAGACGCUAAUUAAACCUUCAAAACUCAAGAAAGAACGUUCCAUUUGGAUUGGGAAAAAAAACAGGGUUUUUAUGUAAACUGUGUGGUUAUUCUAAAAAAUGUAGUCUUGCAGUACCAUUAGUAUAAAUAAUUUACUGCAGAGACCUUCUUCUUGAGACUCUACCAUGGCUUACUGAGGUGUUCAAACUUAUAAGCUUUUAUUUUUGGUAGUGUAACUUGUUAUGUGUUACACUUGGAAACCUUUUAUUUUUUUUUCAGUUUGUUGAGUAAUAUUUUUUUCGUAUUGUAUUAAUGGAAUCGUAAGAGAUAUUUAUACA